UCACGUUAGUCGAGUGCUCUAGUUUGUUGAAUCCUUACUUUGACCCGUUUUUCCUCAGAAAAUUGUUACUUCAGUCUGAAUCUCCCACUUCAGUCUGAUUCUCGAGCAGUUUUAUUUUACAGUGGUUUAAGUUCAAUUUAACAGAAGAACAGAGCUCUCAUUUUCAACCGCUCCACCAGAAUUUGGCGCUACCAUGUUUCUGAUAAGAUGUUUUAACCUGGAGAAGGAAUAUGACGAAUACAUAAACAAGGAUUCCUCCACCCAAAAACUCACUGACAGAGACGGAAACCCAGAACGGAAACCCAGGUCAGACACGAUAGACGAGAGUCGAGAGCACAUUGCUGCCCUGCCCUCUGAAUGUCUCAGUCACCCUCACAGCCUCCAGAAAAUAGGGCGAGCUAACAGUCUCUCACAUUUCAAGACAAACACAAAGAAUAACGGCCACACUCAGCUGGGGCGGAGUGUCAGCGCGGGGAUAUACGAGGAUGACGUGCUCCUUGUGAACUAUCAUAAGUUUGGGAGGGAUGGCGUUCCUUAUGUGUUCGACGAUCGUAAAACACAGUCGCUCCAGAAGAUACAUCACUCUCGGACCAAGUCACAAGAUUGUAUGUUAGAAUCGGAAGAACCCGCACCACCGCCCAGGUCCAUGGGACGAAGACACAGCACAACCAGCCUGCUACAAACGAAUUUCAGAGGAGGAUUUGGGGCUAAGGAGUCGUACAAAAAACUAGAAGCUCUGGGUGAAGGUUCCUACGCUACAGUUUACAAGGGAAUAUCCAGUAUAACAGGGACGGUAGUUGCGCUGAAAGAGAUUACCAGAAGUGAGGAGGAAGGCACACCUUUUACUGCCAUCAGAGAAGCGUCAUUGUUGAAGGAGUUGAAGCACGCGAAUAUAGUUGUUCUACACGAUAUAAUACACACCAAGAGAAUGCUUACUCUCGUCUUCGAAUAUGUGUCAACAGAUUUAGGUCAAUACAUGGAGCUACAACAGAAUGGACUUAAGCCUAAAGUUGUUAAGCUGUUUUUGUUUCAACUACUGAGGGGACUGCACUAUUGCCACAACAAGAAGAUAUUACACAGGGAUCUUAAACCACAGAACAUUCUGAUCAACGAAAAAGGAGAACUCAAACUCGCAGAUUUCGGUUUAGCUCGGGCAAAGUCAGUCCCAACACAUUCCUACUCCAACGAAGUCGUCACUUUGUGGUACCGGCCCCCAGAUGUGCUCCUUGGUUCCACUGAUUACAGCACAUCCCUGGAUAUGUGGGGUGUGGGGUGUAUCUUCGCUGAGAUGAUAUCUGGUAUCCCUCUCUUCCCCGGGAUGAAGGACGUUAAGGAUCAGCUCGCUAAGAUAUGGCAGAUAAUGGGGACACCUACACCACAAACCUGGCCCAAUUGUACCAAGUAUUCUGACUGGGGUAAACGAAAGUACGAGAAAUAUCCUAAGCAACGAUUUAUAGAUGUUAUCGCCAAUCUCUCAGACGAUCUUGAUGGUGAAGAUUUGUUGUCCCAGAUGUUAGUGUUUGAACCCAGUGAGCGUAUAGCCGCGUCUGUGUCUCUAAAACACCGUUAUUUCGGAGUUCUGCCUGAAGCUGUGCAUCACCUUCUACCAAUUGAGUCGAUAUAUCUCAACGAGCUUGUUGAGUUUCCUGGAUAGUAGACCGCCCGACUAGGAUCAUAGAUUCAGACGUUACUACCGACCAAUGGGACCCCCCACCUCUGUCCCCACAGGAUAGAAACCGGACUGAUGAAUGAACGCUGUGACGACGAUUUUAACUGCAUUCACUGGACUGUGCUCAUCGUGUAGGAAAAUAUUUAAAUUGAAACUCUAUGUCAGUGUUUGGCUGGUUGUUGUGAUGUCGUAUUUUUCAAUAGGUAGGUAUAGUUUUGAUGUUUAGGAUCUAGUACUAUCGACUUAUUGAAUUAACCGGAAUUUGUGUAAAUACAUUGAAUAUUUUAUUGAUUUGACAGUACUAUUUAUUAUGAAUCAAAAUUCCGGGUGAGAUUGGUAGCUUCCGUGGUUUUUUAUGUAAAAAGUGAUAAUAAUGACAAUAACUUUAUUGUUAUCUUAACAAAUCCGGAUUUUAGAUGAAGGUCAUUGUAGACCAGAAAGAUUUCUGGAGGCCUGAUUUUAGACUAGAUGUAUUUGUUUGUUUAUUUUUUCUUUUAGCAGAACGUUUGCUUAUUAAUGGGUGUCUUUUAGGUCGUCAUUUUACUAUUUUACGAGAGGAAGUGUUUGUGUUGUAAGCCUGUGUUAGGUUAACUGUUACUUAACUUUACUUUAAAUAGUUUAAUGGUGUCGUGCUGCUAGAUGUUUUGUUUUUAUUAUAUUAUUAAAAAUCUCAUAUCUUGUGAAGCUGAAGCGCUUUGAAUAAUUCGGAGAGAAUCCCCUAGUAAAACUAUUGUGUAUACCCAGAAAAUUUGUAUUGAACGAUCUAGAUAGUCAUCCACCUUGUGUAAAUAUUAAUUCUAGAAAAUAAUAAUGUCGUUAAUUUUUAUAACAGUUUUUAAAGUAGUCAUAAAUAGUAAAUAUCAUCAUUACGAUUGUUGUUGUUACAGUUAAGCACUCAAUCAUUGUAUUUAAGGAAAUUAAAUUGCCAUGUAAAAGAUAAAUAAAUUUCAAUCGUGUGAAACAUCUUAUCGGUGUUAAUUUUUCCGGCCCUUAGGGGUCGUUCACAUAUUGCGUAAUCAGCCGAGGGGGAGGGGGGUUUCCAAAUGAUUACGCUAGUGUAAUUUUGACUCAAUAGCUAUUUGUAAAACUGAUUAAUAUGUGAACGACCCCCUAAAUUUCAAUUUUGAGAGGUUAGGGCCUGAAUGCUUUGUUUAUUACUAUUGUUCAAUGGCCAUGUUUCAUCUGUUAGCCGUUCAUUGAAGUUCAGAAUUCAAAUGUCUCCGCUCUAAAUUGGCUACGAAACAUUGAUGAGCUAUUAUAAACACUUUAAUUAGGUUGAAAGAAGAAGAUUAGGUUCAUAAUUUAGUAUAUUAACACCUUGCCGUUGACAGACCCAAUGUUUCAAUAUGCGAAAUUAUUCGAUAAUAAUAUUCAAUGUUAUUUGUAUUUUUCCUGUGAAUAAUGUGAUUAAGAAUGAAAUAAGAAUUUCUGAUUUCUUUAA